UAAUACAUUCUGAAGAAGAAUUGUGUGUUUGUGAUGAUAAGCAUUAGAGUGUCAGUGAUGAGUCCGAUUGGUUUGAAAGUGAUAAUAUUUAUGGUGUGUUUGGUGGCAUUCCAGAUUGUUGGUGGUGAGAAGGAGAUAAGAUGCUUAGAAAGGGAGAGGGAAGCACUCCUCCGAUUCAAAGCUUCCAUUGUUGAUCACCAUGGCAUGCUGUCUUCUUGGACCACUCCUGAUUGCUGCCAAUGGAAAGGGAUUUGCUGCAGCAACCUCACUGCUAAUAUCGUAAGCCUCGACCUUCAUGGUGAGUAUGAUUAUGAAACUGAAUCAUGGUCUUAUUAUAUCAGCGGAAAGAUCCACCAAUCAUUGAUUGAGUUGCAACAAUUAAAGUAUCUCAACCUCAGUUACAAUUCUUUUUCACAUAUCCCAGAGUUUCUUGGUUCUCUCAGGAACUUGAGAUACCUUGAUCUCUCAUGCUGUUAUUUUGACGGAAAAAUUCCAAGUCAGUUUGGGUCUCUUUCUCAUUUGAAAUACCUUAAUCUCGCUUCGAAUAAUCUUGAGGGUUCUAUCCCUACUCAACUCGGAAAUCUCUCCAAGUUGGAGUAUCUUGAUCUCAGAGGCAAUUCUUUUCAAGGAAAUUUACCAACCGAACUUCAAAGUCUCUCUAAGCUGGAGUAUCUUGAUCUCGCUUUCAAUUCAUUUGAAGGAAAUAUACCAUCCCAACUCGGAAACCUUUCUAAGUUGGAACAUCUUGACCUCAGCUUCAAUAUUUUUGAAGGAUAUAUACCAUCUCAACUGGGAAGUCUUUCUAACUUACAACAACUUUAUCUUGGUGGGGAAGAUUAUAAUGGAGAUCUCGAAUUCAACGAUAGGGGUAAGUUGCUGUCUAAUUUCAUUUCUUUAAGCCAUCUUUACUUGUGGUCCAUACAUGGUCUUAAUAGUUGUCAUAGUUGCCUGCAAAACAUUGCCAAGCUACCAAAACUAAGAGAGCUAAGCUUAAUUGAUUGUAGCCUUUCUGAUCAUUUUAUCCUUUCAUUGAGGCCUUUCAAAUUCAACUUUUCUACUUCUCUUUUGGCCUUUGAUCUUUCUGAGAACGCCUUCACGUCACCUGUGAUACUUCAAUGGGUGUCAAAUAUAACUUCCAACCUUGUUGAGUUGGACCUUUCUUAUAACAACUUGGAGGAUUCUGUAUCCAAACAUUUUGGCAUGGCAAUGAAUUCUCUUGAGAUCCUUGACCUUUCUUCUAAUAGUUUCAAGGGUGAGGUUUUGAAAUCCUUCAUGAAUAUAUGCACCUUACAUUCUUUAUACAUGCAUCAAAACAAUUUAACCGAAGACCUUUCAUCAAUUCUUCAGAGUUUAUCUAGUGGUUGCAUUAGAUACUCACUACAAGAUUUGAAUUUGGGAGAAAAUUAUAUUAAUGGAUCUUUACCAGACAUUUCAGCAUUUUCAGUUUUGAAGUCAUUGGAUCUUUCAAAUAAUCAAUUAUCUGGAAAAAUAGCAGAAGGUAAUAAAUUGUCAACUCAAUUGGAAUCUUUAUCAAUCUCGUCAAAUUUUCUAGAAGGUGGAAUUCCGAAAUUAUUUGGUAAUGCAUGUGCUUUGCGCUCAUUGGACAUGAUGGCUAAUAACUUGAGUGAUGAGCUUUCAACAAUAAUACAUCAAUUGUCUGGAUGCGCUAAAUACACAUUAGAACAUUUGAGCUUGCAAGAAAAUCAAAUCAAUGGUACGAUUCCUGACCUUUCAGCUUUUUCAGCUUUGAUGUCAUUGGAUCUUUCAAACAAUCACCUGAAUGGAAAGAUAAGAGAAGAUAGUAAUUUACCCUUUCACUUGGAAACUUUAUCAAUCUCAUCAAACUUUCUAGAAGGUGGAAUUCCCAAAUCAUUUGGAAAUGCAUGCGCUUUGCACUCAUUAAGAAUGGAGGAUAACAAAUUGAGUGUAGAGUUUUCAAUAAUAAUUCAUCAUUUAUCUGGAUGUGCUAGAUAUUCAUUAGAAGUAUUAUAUCUACACAUGAAUGAAAUCAAUGGCACACUAAUUGACCUCUCAAUGUUCACAUCUUUAAGAGUGUUAUCUAUUGGUGAAAACAAGCUAAGUGGAAAGAUUUUAAAAAAUAUUCAAUUUCCACCUCAACUAGAAGAAUUAGACAUACAGUCAAAUUCCUUAAAUGGUGUGUUCACUGACUACCAUUUUGUUAAUGUAACCAAGUUAUCUUACUUGGACUUAUCUAAUAACCCAUUAACCUUAACAUUUACCCAAAAUUGGAUCCCACCUUUUCAAUUGAGUUCCAUAAGGUUGAAAUCUUGCUUGUUAGGUACAUUUCCCAAAUGGUUGCGAAAGCAAAAUAAAUAUGACGAACUUGACAUUUCAAAUUCUAAAAUAUUGGAUAUGGUUCCAAGGUGGUUUUGGGCUAAAUUAGCUUCUGGAAAUGUGGGUUCAAUAGAUAUUUCAAACAAUAGUCUACAUGGUAUAAUUCCAAAUAUUUUUGGAAAGAACAUUGUUGAUUUCCUAAUUCUUGCAUCAAAUCAAUUUGAAGGUCCUAUUCCACCAUUUCUACGAGGUUCCAUAUUUCUUGAUUUAUCUAAUAAUAAUUUAUUAGAUUCGCAUUCAUUUUUAUGUGCUAGUGGUCCUGAAAAAAUACUAUAUCAGUUAGACCUUGCACAUAAUCAUCUUUCUGGACAAAUUCCAGAUUGUUGGAGCCAUUUUAAGUCGUUAGCUUAUUUAGAUUUGAGCCACAACAAAUUUUCAGGAAACAUUCCUACUUCAUUAGGAUUGCUUCUUGGUCUUCAAGCAUUAUUAUUAAGAAACAAUAACUUAACACAUGAGAUCCCUUUCUCCUUAAGACGUUGUACAAAGUUAGUGAUGCUUGAUAUGUCAAACAACAAUUUAUCAGGGCAAAUCCCUGCUUGGAUCGGGAGCGAAAUGCAAGAGUUGCAAAUCUUAAGUUUGGGAAGUAAUAAUUUCAAUGGAAUUUUACCAUUACAAAUUUGUUAUCUAAAAAGCAUCCAAAUAUUUGAUCUCUCACUAAAUAACUUGUCUGGAAAAAUUCCUACAUGUAUAAAUAAUUUUACAUCAAUGGUUAACAAGACGUUUUCAAGUGAUUAUGGACGGCAUGGGUAUUUUAUCAACAUUAGUGAUUUUAGAACCUAUCACUUAUACGAUUUGAAUGCAUUUUUGAUGUGGAAAGGUUCAGAACAAAUAUUCAAGACUACUGAGUUAUUACUUCUAAAAGGCAUUGAUCUUUCCAGUAAUAACUUUUCAGAAGAGAUUCCAGUGGAAAUAGAGAAUUUAGUUGAGUUGAUUUCAUUAAAUUUGUCAAGAAAUAAUUUUAUUGGACAAAUCCCUUCAAAUAUUGGAAAUCUAAAAUCACUUGAAUUUCUUGAUUUGUCAAGAAACCAAUUUAUUGGUUAGUCUUACUCAAAUUGAUCGACUCACUAUGUUAGAUUUGUCACAUAAUCAUCUAAGUGGAGUUAUUCCAACUAGCACGCAACUACAAAGUUUUGAUGCCUCAAGUUAUGAAGAUAAUCUAAAUCUUUGUGGACCACCACUUAAAAAAUUGUGCAUUGAUGAUGGGCUAUCUCAAGAUCCGAUCUUUGAAAUUGAUGAAUAUUCUCUUUUCGGUCAUGAAUUUUACAUCAGUAUGACACUGGGAUUUACGAUAACCUUUUGGAUUACAUUUGGCUCAAUCUUAUUCUUGAAGACCUGAUGAACAAUUUCAUUGACGACAUUUAUAUGGUAAUGGUGAAAUUCUCCAAUUACAAAUGGUUGGUGCAAAGUGGAUUAAGAGUAUCUCAAAGAUCACACAUAUCUCAAAUGUUUGAGGUUGUAAACUUGGACGAAGCUGGAAAGUAUGGUUGGUUUAGUUGUUUUAAACAUGUUUUCAUUUUAUAUGGUGUUUUUAGUUCUGUAAUUUCAGUUAGAAUUGUUUGAUGUUGUUCUCUGUUUGAAUAAACUGAGGGUGAUGAAGUUGGACAAGAAAACUUAUUUUUAAUUCUAAGUAACAAGACAAUGCAUUUGCCA